CGGGACAAUGCAGCUAGCUGCUAGGCACAGAUAAGUCACAUUUUUAAACUCUCUUUAAUAACAGCAGAUAUGCCACAAGUAGUGGUGACGUACUUCCGUUUAACUUUGCGCCACAUAGAUGGUUUCCGGUACCGCUUGCUCCUACUGUUUCUAGCCAUAUAUGCAAGAGCUGUACCACGAACAAGACUUCAAAUAUCUUCGCGCUACUGGUACAACAACUUUGUUCCGUUGUGUUCAGUAAAUAGCCGGUACCAUCCAGUGUUUUCAGCAAGAUCUUUUAACGAUUCUGGCUCCUGUAAAAAAAAACUGCCUGGCUGCUUUGAAGAGGGAGAGCAGGAGCAAGCAACCCCAGCCGGGGAAGCUGGUUCUAUUGAGAGAUUGGAGAAAUCGUUCCCUUGGUCAGCGCUCUCUUCAUGGCUGGACAAACCAGUCGUUAAGAGGCUUCCUCUGCCACAUGUCAUGUUUUCUUCUCAGGUGUAAGACUUUCUGGACCACAGGUGAGGUUUUCUGAACUAUUAAAGAGACAACAGAACAAAAAGAGCUGAAGACAUGUCUGCCGACGUCCAGACGACCCAACCCCGGGCGUACACCAUGACCUCUGCGUCCAAACAGUGGUCCUCUGGCAUCUGUGACUGCUGCCAGGACAUCGCUCUCUGUUGCUACGCCUGCUGGUGCUUUCCCUGCUUCGCCUGCCAGACAGCGAAGGAGGCUGGAGAGUGUCUCUGUCUCCCCCUGCUGGACGCUUUCGGACUCAUCCCGCCCAUGGCCACGGCACUCCGGGCGUCCAUCCGCCAGAGAUACGGCAUCGAGGGAAGCGUUUGCAGCGACUGUGUGUAUGCGAGCUUCUGCGGGCCCUGCACCUGGUGUCAGAUAUCCAGAGAGAUCAAGACGAGACAAAACCCGGUGGUGUUUGUCAGCGCGGCCGCCUGAUCAGAACUAAUGGUCCGCUCCCUCAUCAACAACCCGAGAAGCUGACGUCACGGCCGUCAUCGGAGAGAGCUGGCGCCCAAAAAGUCGCCACGCUUGAUUGGAUUAAGAGAGACUUUCACAUGUUUCCAGGAACAUCUGAUUGAACAUUGAGUGAAAAGGAACAAAGGAUGGAAAAUAGGGAAAUAUUUAACUAUCAGCCAUGCAUUCACAUUUUUCUCUUUAUUGUAGAAAAUACCGCUUUCUUCCACACAUUUACUUCUGUUUACCAUUUUUAUGUAAUGGUUGAACAAAUAUGCAUGUAUAUCUGGGAAUAUAAGGCCUACUCUUUGCCUUUUAAGUUAAUAAUAUUCAAUAUGCAAUCGUUUGAAACUGUGUAUAUUUCCUAAUAAAAAC